GCUUACCAGCAGAUCGACCCAUCAUCAACCAGCAAAUAUAGUCACUCGCCAGCAUGGUCAAGAUCAAGUCCAUCGAGUACUUCCGCGUCCCUCCCCGUUGGCUCUUCGUCAAGAUUGUCGAUGAAGAUGGCCAAUGCGGUUGGGGCGAAAGUACUCUAGAAGGUCAUACCGAGGCCGUCGAAGGCACAUUAAAUGCUCUCUGCAAGCGGUUCCAAGGUUACGAAGCCGAUGACAUCGAACACAUAUGGCAAAUGGCCUGGCGUCUGGGUUUCUACCGCGGAGGCCCGGUCUUCAUGUCCGCCAUUUCAGGAAUUGACAUCGCACUCUGGGAUCUGAAGGGCCGUCGCCUUGGCGUCCCCAUCUACCAGCUCCUCGGAGGCAAAGUCCGGAACAAACUGUCCGUCUACGCAUGGAUCGGAGGAGACCGGCCCUCCGAUGUUGAAGCAGCCGGGAAAGCUCGUCUCGCGCAAGGCUUCAAAGCCAUCAAGAUGAAUGCCACCGAGGACAUCAACUGGCUCGAUUCCCCUCGUGCGUUGGACUCCUCCGUUGAACGGUUGAAAACCGUCAAAGCACUGGGCUUAGACGCAGCCCUCGACUUCCACGGCCGCCUCCACAAACCAAUGGCCAAACAGCUCGCCAAAGCCCUGGAGCCGCACCGCCCUCUUUUCCUGGAGGAGCCGCUCCUCUCUGAACACCCCGAAGCCAUCAAGCAGCUAUCGGAUCAAGUGUCUUGCCCCAUCGCCCUCGGUGAACGCCUCUAUAGCCGCUGGGACGUGAAACGCUUCCUGGAAGACGCGAGUGUGGACAUCCUCCAGCCCGAUAUCGCUCACUGCGGGGGUAUCUCCGAGCUACGACGCAUAGCUUCCAUGGCUGAAACGUAUGAUGUUGCAAUUGCCCCGCAUUGUCCCCUGGGAUCGAUCGCUUUGGCGGCGUGUAUGCAGGUGGAUUUGGCGACUCCCAACUUUGUCAUCCAGGAGAUGAGUUUGGGGAUGCACUAUAAUACGGAAGCGGGCGAAUAUGAUAUUACUAGCUAUGUCAAGGAUCCUAGCGUAUUCUCCGUCAAGGAUGGAUACGUGGAUGCUCUGACGGCGCCGGGAUUGGGAAUCGACGUGAAUGAGAAGCUGGUCAGGCAGUUGGCGGUAAAUUCUGAACCCUGGGCACCUAAGGAAUUCUUUGGCCCUGAUGGGGGCAUCCGCGAAUGGUAGCUUCUUCAAAGUUCUUUAGUGUAUCUAGCAUAGCGUGAAUAGAUAGUAUUGACCUAUACGACAGCAUGAUGAAACG